CAAAUAUAUAUAAAUCCUUCCUACUCCUUCAACUUCACACCAAAAUUCAGCAAGAAAACAACUGUAUCAGAGAAAUACCUACACAAUCCAGAAAACAAACAAGCUCUUUAAACAGUUUCAACCAAACAUUAGAAAAUGUCGAUCAUCCCCAGCUUGUUCGGUGGCCGAAGGAGCAACGUCUUCGACCCCUUUUCCCUAGACGUCUGGGACCCAUUCAAAGACUUCCCCAUUUCAUCUUCGAUUGAUGUUUCUAGGGAAACUUCUGCAUUGGUAAACGCCCGUGUGGAUUGGAAGGAAACCCCAGAAGCUCAUGUGUUCAAGGCGGAUCUUCCUGGGAUCAAGAAAGAAGAAGUGAAGGUGGAGGUAGAAGACGGAAACAUCUUACAGAUCACCGGUGAGAGGAACGUGGAGAAAGAAGAUAAGAAUGAUAAAUGGCAUCGGGUAGAACGAAGCAGCGGGAAGUUCACAAGGAGGUUCAGGUUGCCGGAGAAUGCUAAAAUGGAUCAGGUGAAGGCGGCCAUGGAAAAUGGAGUGCUCACAAUUACGGUGCCCAAAGAAGAAGCGAAGAAACCUGAUGUCAAGUCUAUUGAAAUCUCAGGUUAAAAAAAUUGUGAUUUUAGAAACAGAUCCUGUCAAGUCCAAAGUUAAUUUAAUUUUCCUUGGUGUGAAGUGUUUGUGUCAGUCCACAACGUGUUCAAUGAAAUGUACCAAGCAUAAGUUGUAUACUUUUUCUGUAACUUCCUUUAUGAAUAAAAUGCUUGUUAGCUUCUAAAUUCGAUACAA